ACGACCCAAAUAAGGAUUCGUACAUAUUGAAACCAGACCUCGAACGCCGGGUUGUCUCUGUUCCCCUUCGAAUCGCCAUGACUGCUCUGCAAUACCUUGAAUCGCUGCGCAACGCGCACCCUGAGCUCUCAGAUUGGUAUAAUUCGCUGGAAGAUCUAUACCAGAAGAAACUCUGGCACCAGCUCACUCUGAAGCUUGAGCAGUUCGUUGCUCUUGCUGUUUUUCAGGCCGGUGAUGCUCUUAUACAGUUAUAUCACAAUUUCAUAACAGACUUUGAGACUAAGAUCAAUCUUCUCAAGCUUGCACAUUUUGCUGUGACUGUGUCUCGGCAGUAUUCUGAAAAAGAAGCUGCUAUUGGUUAUCUUGAAGGAAUCAUUGAAAAGCUUCAAGCUACGAAAGAACAGCGCAUAGAAGAACCAAUUCUUUACAUCAAGCUGCAAAUUGCCUUAUUUAAGCUUGAGCAAGGUGACCAAAAGGAAUGCAAGAAACUUCUAGAUGAUGGGAAGAGUACGCUUGAUAGCAUGACAGAUAUUGAUCCAUCUGUAUAUGCUAGCUAUUACUGGGUAUCAUCUCAGUAUUAUAAAUUUCGCCAGGAAUUUGCUGAGUUCUACAAAAGUGCUCUUCUCUAUCUGGCAUAUACAUCAGUGGAGUCUCUCUCAGACUCAUUCAAGCUGGAUUUGGCAUUUGAUUUGUCCCUUUCUGCUCUUCUGGGAGAUAACAUCUACAACUUUGGAGAACUUCUUGCUCAUCCUAUUAUAAAAAGUCUUCAGGGGACAAAGGUGGAAUGGCUCUACGAUAUUCUUCAGGCAUUUAAUUCUGGCGAUUUAGUUUGCUAUCAAGAAUUAUGCCGGGUCCAUAAUGCUGCUUUAAGGGCUCAGCCAGCAUUAGUUCAGAAUGAGCAAAGAUUGUUGGAAAAAAUAAACAUUCUCUGCUUGAUGGAGAUUAUAUUCAGUCGACCCUCUGAAGCUCGAACUAUUCCUUUGAGAGUUAUUGCUGAUCGCACAAAACUUUCUGUGGAGGAUGUGGAGCAUCUCCUCAUGAAGAGCCUUUCAGUUCAUCUGAUUGAGGGUAUAAUCGAUCAAGUGGAUGGCACCGUUCAUAUUACUUGGGUGCAGCCUAGAGUUCUUGGAAUUCCACAGAUUAAAUCUUUACGGGAUCGACUGGAUAACUGGACGAGUAAAGUGCACACCGCGUUGCUCUCCAUCGAGGCAGAAACGCCUGAUCUAAUCGGGUCAUGAUUGUUUGGAUUUGCUUUCUGUCCAUUGUAACAAUUUAAGUAGAAGGGAACACAUCCUGGGGCGGCAAAAAGUGAGGAGACUCAGUUCAAAUGGACUAUAGAGCCAACUUUACAUCUUUUGUUUGGUGCUGCCUGCUGCUCAUGGAACACGCGCUUCCUGGAAGCAGCAGCCUUUUGUACUUGGCUUAGGAAGUGUUGGUUCUUUGGUUGCAUGCUUAGAGACAGUGAAAUCAAUUUGAAACAGGCUGUUUUUAACGCUUUAGAGUGGUUAAAUUAAUCAUAGACUGUGUAUCCUGAAUUUUGCCUGGAUACAACCGGAUUUGUCCACA